CUGAGCAGAACGUCAAGUCGUCGAUGGCGACGGAGCGUACCAAGGGCUUCUGCCAUGUGGUGGCAUCGUCCAACCUGCGCGAUGGUUUCUCCCACCUCAUCCAGACGGCAGGCCUGGGAGGCAUGAAACACAACACAGUCCUCAUGGCCUGGCCCGGCACCUGGAAACAGUCGAAUGACCCUGUAUCCUGGAAGAACUUCAUAGAAACUGUGAGGGAGACCACGGCGGCAAAUCAGGCAUUACUGGUGGCCAAGAACGUGGACAGCUUCCCCCACCAACACGGAUCGCUUGGGCGAGGCACCAUAGACGUGUGGUGGAUCGUCCACGACGGAGGACUGCUCAUGCUGCUACCCUUCCUCCUCCGCCAGCACAAGGUCUGGAGGAAGUGUAAGAUGCGUAUCUUCACGGUGGCUAAUAUGGAUGACAACAGUAUUCAGAUGAAGAAGGACCUGCAGAUGUUCCUCUACCACCUCCGUCUGGACGCUGAGGUGGAGGUGGUGGAGAUGCACGACAGCGACAUCUCAGCCUUCACCUAUGAGAAGACCCUGGUGAUGGAGCAGCGCUCUCAGAUGCUGAAACAGAUGCAGCUGUCGCGGACGGAGAGGGAGAGAGAGGCCCAGCUGAUCCACGACAGAAACACGGCGUCCCAUUCCGCGCUCAAUGACAAGCCCGACACCGGCCCUGACCGAGUCCACAUGACGUGGACCAAGGAUAAGUUCCUCUCCGAGCGCAACCGCAACCGCUCCGAGGUCAACAUGGGUGUGCGCGACCUCUUCAACAUGAAGCCAGAGUGGGAGAGUCUGAACCAGUCCAACGUGCGCCGGAUGCACACUGCGGUCAAGCUGAAUGAGGUGGUGGUAAACCGGUCACAAGGAGCCCACCUGGUCCUGCUCAACAUGCCGGGGCCGCCCAAGAACAGAGGGGGUGACGAGAACUACAUGGAGUUCCUGGAGGUUCUGCUUGAGGGUCUCAACCGGGUCCUCCUGGUCCGCGGGGGCGGCCGCGAGGUCAUCACUAUCUACUCUUAAACACUCAUUCCCACGAAAUGGCCACGGCAAUAGAUGGCAUUUUAGGGAGAAAUAAUCCUUUGGGUUGCUGUGGGAUUGUCGGAGGGGGGUGGGCAUGGUAUUGGACAGAGGACUUCUUGACCUCGGAAGGGACGACCAGUCAGGGUUGUGUGAUGUGAUGGCAAUCGCCCUGAUUCGUGGAGAGCACAGGUGUCCUGGGGCCUGCCUAUCACGCCGAGCGACUGGAGGAUACAGCAUUCAUACACUUUAACUUUUUAAUUUGACACGUGUUGAUGUUUAUUGUUCAGAUUUUCUUAUUCUCUCCUCACUCUGUGUGUGUGUGUUGAGUUGUCAUGUAUGUUCAUGGUAAUUGUGUACCAUGGACCCUAGUCAUGUGUAAUGCACUAUGUAGGGAAUCAUCAUUUAGUUUGUCCUCAUUUUGAUUCAAAUUGAUGUCACCCGGCUGCCUCUAAGGUAUCUCUCAGCUCAGAAAUACAUCUCCUAUGAACCCUGAAAUAGAUGAAUAUUUCCUGGUCCAUCUAAUAUCGGUAUGAACCAAAUAGAAACAUUUUGCCUUGGAAUAUCAUGCUUCGGUGAAUCGUUGCAGUAUCCUAGAGUGGAUGGAGGUGGCAAGUCCAAAACAAAGCUUACUUUUAUUUCAAAUCUGUCCCACACAUCAAGUUGUUGCUAUAGCUUUCCUGAGCUCUGUUGUCGCUUGAUUAUUAAAGGUGGGGGUCACAUUGGGUGUAUGUGUGUGUGGUGGGGGGCUUUGGCAUGGGAUAGGCCAAGGAUUUGUCUGUGCAAUAGAUUCUGUUGAUGUGGUGACCUUGCAGACAUCUCACUAAGCCCUGAGACACUGAAGGUGGUUCACCUUGCCUGGGAGGUCUCCUAAAUGGACCCUGUGGUAUUGGCUCUGUAGCAUUGGUCAAAGCCCCCCAAUUACAGCCGUUGCAUUGGGAAGAUAGCCAUACUAUAUACUAUUGUAUUUAGCCCUUGUUGACUGUAUGUUACACACAGUACACGCAUUACGCAUAUUUAUAUAAAGAUUCACAAAGUUGCGAUUUAUUGGAAAUUGUAUUCAAGGGUGCAGGGUAUGGAAAUGACUUUUUGUUGUAAAGAUCCUAUGUUCAGGAGUGCUGGUUUAAAUUCACGUGCUGUUCCACAGCGUAACAAGUCUAGGACAACUGGGGUACUUCCCCUACCAGAGCCCUUUAGAUCUAUGCAUCAACGUACAGGACAAAUCAUGAGCUGGUUUGACACUACAGCUCAAUCUGACCGAAUCAUCAACUAAAAGAAUUGGUCAAUUGUCUUCGACCCUCAAUCAGAAACAAAAGGUUGUUGUUGGAGCCAUCUUGCCAAAUAGUGUGCCCCCCCCCGGCCAAAUAGAUAUAGCAACGGACGCUAAUGGUUUAGAGGGGCACACUAUUUGGCAUGACCGAACCACUGUUUUGUCCGUUUUAGGUGUCAUUAGGGACAUCGUCAACACACAGCAUUUUGCUCCGUCUUUUCGAUUUACAGUACUGCAGUACUUUCUGUUCACUGCAUAGUUUAGCUCUGCUAAUAGACGUCUUUAGGCUGGGGAUGCUAUCACAGGGGUUGGGUUAAAUGCAGAA